UGUAAACCUGGAUAUUGGGGUAAUCAGUGUAAGAAGUCCUCUUGUAGUGAUGGUUAUUGGGGUAUAAAAUGUCAGUCACAAUGUCCUACAAACUGUAGACUGUCUAAAUGUGAUAAGAACAAUGGAUAUUGUAGUGAAUGUAAGAAUUAUUACUGGGGAGAUAAAUGUGAAGAGCGAUGUUCAGUUAACUGUAAAUAUCAUUCCUCUAUUACUUGUUAUAAAACUAGUGGUAAAUGUAACCCUGGUUGUAAGACAGGAUGGUACGGUAAUCAAUGUCAAACUAAGUGUAAUAGUAAUUGUAUCAAUGGAUGUGAUCAAGCUACAGGAAGAUGUACAAGUUGUAAGACAGGAUGGUAUGGUAAUCAAUGUCAAACUAAGUGUAAUAGUAAUUGUAUCAAUGGAUGUGAUCAAGCUACAGGAAGAUGUACAAAAUGUAACCCUGGAUAUUGGAAUUAUCAAUGUCAGAAGUCCUGUAGAAACUGUAAUAAUGGAUGUCAGAAGAGUAAUGGUAACUGUACUGGUGGAUGUAAAAAAGGUUUCUGGGGUAUGAAAUGUAAUGACAACUGUAAUAAAUGUAAACAAGGAUGUCAACAGGAUAAUGGAGAUUGUAAUAAUGAUAACUGUAUUAGUUGUAAUAAUAAUCAAUGUACAAGUUGUAAGACAGGAUGGUAUGGUAAUCAAUGUCGAACAAAUUGUAAAGCGGGAUAUUAUGGAAACCAAUGUACCGAACAGUGUCCUAACAGUUGUCCUGGUGAUUGUAAACAGGAUUCUGGACAUUGUGAAUCAUGUAAUUCAGGAACAUUUGGU